AUGCAUCUACUGGUUUUUAUCUACCACUUAGUCAGUUACGUGUGCACACCACAAGCUGCUUCCUCACCACACAGUAGAGUAUUUCACGCUAAUAUUAUCGAGGAACAACCAAGGGAUACACAAAUCAUCGACUUAAACAAGCAACUCCAAUCGGACAGUUCAUUUCCGGUGAAUUUUUCCCAGUUCACUAUUGUGGCAAGCAACCCAAUCAUCUCACGAUUCGUCCAUAUUAACUCGCAAAGUGGAGUUCUAUUCUCCAGCAAAAAAAUUGAUCGGGAUGUAUUGUGUAAUAUGUACAAGUUGUGCUGCACCACUGUGGACACUCAAAAUAGGGUAGACACUGGGUCACCGCUCAUACAUACGUUCCGUCGUACUGCGGACACAUGUCAAUUUGUGUUCCGUGUAAUAUUCAAAGCCACCGACAAUAAUCCCUAUCUGUUCAGUACUCGAUCUCAGGAUGUUUCCGCAGAAGCGGGAACCAGUGUGAAUCAAACUGUUAUAGACCGGAAGCAUAUCACCGAACGGACAGAAUACUGCACGGUUGUGAUCAAUAUUAUAGACAUUAAUGACAAUGCACCCCGUUUUUUAUUACCUCGUGACGUAGAGAAAAAUCUUCAUCAAACCUCGGUAUCUGGAUCCAUUCGAGCUCUGAGCUAUGAUCCGGUGACGUCUAUUGAAUUAAGUGUGGAUGAACUAACCGAGGUGGGAACGUGUUUUAAACUACCUAUUGCUGUGGAUGAGGAUUCCAGUCCGUAUAGCGUACAAGAAUAUCGAAUGGAUAAAAUCUCACCAUCCGAGUUGAUGCCAGUUGCAAUUCACGUGAUCAAUCGCACAAAGGCUGUCGAUUUAUACGAAUCACAGGAACUGUUCAGCCUUGUUCAGUCCCAAUGUGAUCCAAUUAUGUGGACUGAAGCGUCCUAUCAUUCGAGCCAAAUAGACAGUGGUCUUCAAUCAAUCAGAUCUGACAAUAUGGGCAUAGAAUCGCAUACGGGCUCAACCGAAAAAAACUCAUAUGUAUAUUUAAGAUUGGCAAGUAAACUGGAUAGAGAGUAUCGGGAAGAGCAUUGGAUCAAGGUAAUAGCACUGGACGGACCAAUAGAUCCGGUGGUUUCUUCUCAAGUACCGGGUUCUAGUGGUCGAAAAUCAAUUGUGUUCCGACGCCAUACCGGGACCCUGCUGAUACGGAUCAGAGUACUGGAUGCAAACGACAACGAUCCGGAAGUUUCACCUCGAUUGGAAUUUCAAGUGCCGGAAAAUGCGAAAAUCGGCACAGUGAUCGGAGUAAUCACAGGUAGUGAUCGAGAUAUGGGUGAUUAUGGUCGUAUACACUAUCGCUUGGAUACCGAUAGUCGUCGAUCGGCUGAGCAAAUACCGUUCGCAAUCAAUCCGAGCACGGGUACAAUCACAGUAAGUCGUCCACUGGAUGCCGACCGCAUGCCGGAAGAAUCGCAACGUAGACAUCGAUUUCGUGUGAUUUGUGCCGAUUCGGCACCCGCCGGGCAGCAACGGUCUGCCACCACAGAGGUGAUUGUUCAACUGAUCAAUGUAAACGAUGAGACACCACAAAUAAAAGUGGUAGACUUACAAAGUCGAAGUAGUCCUCCGAGACCGUCAGUUUCGGAAAAUCAACCAGCAGGUCAGCUAGUCGCUUUUGUCACUGCCAGUGAUGCAGAUAGCGGGUUGCAUGGAACAAUAACUUGUCAAGUUUCAAAUAACAAAUUUCAACUAGAGCCAAUCAAUUCUGGCUUCCCCGCUUCCUCUGCCGUAUCCACAUCACUAUCCGUAUCGUCAUCCUCAUCCGACCUCAGUGGCUCCGUUGGGAUAGAUCCGUUUGUACAAACUGGAACAAACACAGCAAACGAAAUCGAAUUCCAACUCGUGACACGGGUAUCGCUCGAUCGAGAACAGUCUAUGAUAGAAGCGGUGGAAAUCGUCUGCACUGAUCAGGCACUAGUGACCACUGAUGUACGAACCGGUCGCAUUGGUUUUAAUGUGCUUGUUCUCGACGAGAACGAUAACGAUCCCCAAUUCACCACAGACACUAUUCGAAUUCGAUUAUUGGAAAAUAGCCCGGUUAAUCAAUUAAUUGCCGUGCUAAAUGCCACUGACGCUGAUCAAUCCAUCCCGGCGGUAUCCGGCAAUUCACCCUGGCACGGUGGGAUGGCAUUUCUGCCAACGGGUUAUGAAUACCCCAGUAUGAUCCCAAGCCCGAGUAAUCGUCUGACGUAUGUGCUCGAUGCGGAGGGGGAGAAGUAUUUUCGUCUGGACGCGCACACUGGUGCACUGUACAGUCGCGUACACUUUGAUCGUGAAGUCACAUCGCAUUUGGAAUUCAAUGUGACUGUGGUGGAUGGGGGACAGCCGCCGAGAAACGUCACGGCUCGUGUACAUNGACGAAAAUGA